UGGUAGAAAUACAGUGAGAAUAUGUCGUGUUUUCACAUAAAAGUUAUUACUGUAAGCUUCCUAGCUUGUUGGGACUAACACACUGGAGAAAGGCUUUCUCACACAUUACUUGUAAUAUUGGAGGGGGAAGUGGGUGUUCUAUGUCAGAUUGUUUCUUUUUCAGUUUUAAUUUUUAUUAAUGGGUAUAUUCCAAUGGUUCGGAUCGACAUUAGCCUACUGCUUUCGAGUGAAAUGUCGUGUUGAUUGCUUGGCAGGUGAUAGGGCGCAUGCUCAGUUGGUUAUCUCCCCUCUUAGCGGCCAUCGCGUUCUACAUUGAAAGAAACAAAUUGAAAGAAAAUCCUAGCGGAUUCAAAUUCUCUUCAAUGUCCAUAAAAGACACAUGACAAUUUACUGAACAAAAUCAAAAUUUGUAAACAAUUCUUAAUUCAUGUACCUAUCGUUGAAAAUUGAUUUGUUAUUCUGUUCAAAGACACAUGACCGAUAUUUCUUGUCAUAAUAUCCAAAUGUUUAACAGUACUCUUAAAAUUUUUAGCUAUAUUAGAAACUGUGUCAAUCUUUAGGAAUUCACAACAUGCUCUGCCUUCUGAAAAGAGUGCACAGAGAAGUAUUAGUGCUAGUUUUGUGUGUGUCUCUAACUUGGUGUUGUUAUAAAUUCCCCAAAGAUAUCAAGGAUCCCUGCGAAGAAAUGGAAUGCAAAUUUGGGGCCGAAUGCCGCCCAUCUAUAGACGGUCGGAGAGCCGAGUGUAUCUGCCCGAAAAAAUGUGCCACGUACGGCGACAGCCGAGGUUCCAGGCCCGUUUGCGGAAGCGAUGGUAAAGACUACCCUACAGUUUGUGAGCUUAAACGAACUGCCUGUCAAGAAAAGAUGGACAUUCAAGUGAAAUUCCAGGGUCGUUGUGAUCCAUGUCUAGGAGUAGAAUGUCCUUCCAACCAAGUUUGCCAACUUGACGACAACCGAAAUGCUAUAUGUCGGUGUAAUGCUAUUUGCUCUCGUGACUUCCGGCCUGUGUGUGGAUCUGAUGGGAAAACUUACACUAAUGAAUGUAUUCUCCGCGUGGAGGCGUGCAAGUCGCGAAGGAGUCUGAGGACUAUUUAUAUGGACAAAUGCAGUGAAGGUGCAAAUCCGUGCGAAAGUGUUCAGUGCGGUCCUGGUCAGGAAUGUGACAUAGACAGGUAUGGUAUCGCCAGCUGCAAGUGUCCAGCUAGCUGUGAGCCCGUCAUGAGGCCUGUGUGUGGUACAGACGAGAAAACCUACGACAGCGAGUGCGAGCUUCGAAGAGAAGCUUGUGUUCAGAAGAAAGACAUAGCCGUAGCUUACAGAGGAACUUGUGAUUAUAAAGGGCCUUGCCGUGAGUUUGCAUGUCGACACGGGUCUAUGUGUUUUAUCAGGGACGGUAUCCCUCUGUGUGAAUGUCCCACGUGUACUGAAGAGUUUCGGCCAGUGUGCGGCAGUGAUGGAAUUCUCUACAAUAACCCUUGUAAACUGAAGAAAGAGUCCUGCGAGAAACAAAUGGAAAUCAGCGUGGCUUUUGAAGGACAGUGUGAUGGCUGUGAGAACAAGAGAUGCGAGUACAACGCUGUAUGUGAAAGUGACGGAAAUGGAAAUGCCAAGUGUGUUUGUCCCGAGACAUGUGUUCAGUUAGAGUCGCCAGUGUGCGGAGAUGACGGCGAGACGUACGACAAUGAAUGUCUUCUGAAGGUGGCAUCUUGCAACAAGAAGAAAAACAUAAAAGUCGUGUCUAAAGGCCCGUGUGAUUUGUGUAAGGACGUUUACUGCAAGUAUGGGGCUCGAUGUGAGAAUGGUCAAUGCGUCUGUCCCUCAGAGUGCCCGGAUACUUACGAACCGGUCUGUGCCAACGACGGAUCCAGCUAUGCUAACACCUGCGAAAUGCGUCGGGCAGCAUGUCAACAGGCACAGGAGCUUAAAGCUCUGUUCUAUAGUGAAUGUGAUGACGUGGGUGGCUCAGGCUUAGAUAUAGGUUCCGGAUCCUGUGGAGACAAACUUUGUCAGUUAGAUGGAGUGUGUGAGUUCGAUUCUCGUGGUUUGCCCCAUUGUGUUUGUGACUUUCACUGUUCAACAGAUAAAGAGCCUGUGUGUGGUUCUGACAGACAUUUGUACGAUAACGAAUGUCUUCUAAGAGAAUCUGCUUGUAAAAUUCAGCAGGAAAUCACAACUGUAUCCAGAGAGUUCUGUGCAGAACCUUCGGAGCUGCCUUGCGAUGGAGAGGCUCCAUUAGUGGACCCAUUCCUUAAGAUUGAGUACGUCUGUGGUGGCGGGUCCAAUGCUGUACGUUGUCCCCCUAACAGCUAUUGCCACGAAACUCCAAGUUUUGCCAAAUGCUGCAGGAAAGUGGCUUUGAUAAAGACGUGUGCUGAUUCUCCAUAUGGCUGUUGUCUUGACGGAAAAACUCAAGCUCAAGGGCAUGACAAGGCUGGCUGUCCGAGUGUAUGUAGCUGUAACCGCCUCGGUUCGUACAGCCAGACUUGUGACCCUAAAACCAAACAGUGUUCGUGUAAGCCUGGGGUCGGGGGUCUCCGAUGUGACCGAUGUGAUCCUGGGUUCUGGGGUAUUCACAAAAUUGCUGACGGAAACAGUGGAUGUAUACCUUGUGGUUGUAACGAGUACGGAUCAGUUCGAGACGACUGUGAACAAACCACAGGUAGAUGUGUAUGUAAACCUAAAGUCAAGGGAAUGAAGUGCGAUGUGUGCCCUUCCGGUAAAGUUUUAGAGCACCGAGGGUGUGUUAACGAAUCUUUAUCCAGGAUGAUUGGUGAGUCGUGCGACAGCCGAACUUGCCAAUUUGGGGCCACAUGUAGAGAGGAGCACGGUCAAGAACAAUGCGUAUGUGACUUUAAAUGUCUGUCGUCCGAAUCUAAGCAAACUCUCUGUGGAAGUGAUGGUAAUACCUAUGCCUCUGAUUGUCAGAUGCAACUUUUCAGCUGCCGGUAUCAGAAGUUAUUGACAGUAACCAGCACAGGUCCUUGUAAACACGAUGCCGAUAUCACGCCAACUGGAAUACCAGUUCGACGAUCCACUGUACAGAAGUCUACCGGUGAUCAAUUUGAGUCAAAAUCAACACGCGACAUCACCCUCAGCCUGUCAAAAAAUUUCUUCCGUAGUACUAGACCUACUGCAGCUGCACCAGUUGAUACGGGUAAGUAAAACAGA